AUGUUCGAACCAAAGAAGCCCAUUGAUAUUCACAUUGCUUACUCAUCUGCCCCUGCAAUCGAACUCGAGAGAGAUACGCCGGACAACAUGCGACCGCAUUUCGUGGUUUUGCGACAUCGAUACCUCCCCCGCACACCGUGUGUUGCAAAUUACGCCACCGCUGCCGCGCAGCGGAUGGGCCAAAUUCGCGGGUCAACUGGCUUUCAGUACACUGUCCUCGGGGCCCCGAUUAAGGAGCCUUCGAACCGACCCAGCGGCAAGUCUGCGAUUUGCCCUCCAGUUCCACAAGAUGCCCCUGUGCGUCAUGAGAAACGAGCUACGACACCAAGUGGUGCAACUGGCAACGAAGGCGACGCUCAUGCGCGCGAAGGCACUCCGGCCCCCGAUGACUCGCUACCAACACCGGCGCUACCCCGCGAGUCCGUUCUUCCCCCUGGAGUCCAGUACUUUGAACGCAACAUAUACAAGCGUGCCGAAAAAGCGUGCUGGUACCUGUCCUCUGGUGCGAAGCUGAUGGAGGCACCGCCGGACAAGCUGGCAGCCCAGGAAGGGAGUAUCUACGUCCAUGACCGUGGCGACGAGGAUCAACAGAUAUGGCUGUGGACUGACGGCCAUUGGGUCGUCGCAUCGCCCGGCUGUGCCCACCCAUUCCUCAGCGAUUACAGGCUGCGCCUCCCGCCCAACGGUGAGCCGCGGUGGGUCACUGCAAAGACGAUCACGACGUACCAAGGUCGUCAAAAGAAGCGCCUGCGGGAGCAUUCUGUGAUCGAUCCGCGCUGA